UCUGUAAUAAUAGCAUUACCAUUACCAUUACCAAAUCAUCAUCAAUCUUUCCAAGCUAGUCAAGAACCUCGACAGCUUUAUCCAACGCACUCCUCUCUGCUUAUCCUGCGCCCAUUUCGCCGGUUUCGAAGCCAAGAUAUUCAACCACCUCCUCAACUGCAUCAUAAUCCAAUUCGAUUUCAGCUGGAAGAAUCAUGGGUUGUUUCAGCUGUUGUGAAGAAGAUGACUUCCACAGGACUGCUGAAACUGGGGGACCAUAUAUGGUGAAAAACUCAGGAAAUGAUGGAAAUCACCAUGCUUCUGAAACCGCAAAGCAGGGUGCUCAAACUGUUAAAAUUCAGCCCAUUGAAGUUCCUGAAAUACCAGUGGAUGAACUCAAAGAAAUUACAGAUACCUUUGGAGAGAGUUCUCUGAUUGGAGAGGGAUCCUAUGGAAGAGUAUAUUAUGGCGUUCUUAAGAGUGAGCAGGCUGCAGCAAUCAAGAAAUUAGAUGCCAGUAAACAGCCUGAUAAUGAAUUUUUAGCCCAGGUUUCAAUGGUUUCACGACUGAAGCAUGACAAUUUUGUCCAAUUGCUUGGUUAUUGUGUUGACGGAAACUCUCGAAUUCUUGUUUAUGAGUUUGCAUCUAAUGGGUCUCUUCAUGAUAUUUUACAUGGCAGAAAAGGUGUUAAAGGAGCACAGCCUGGUCCUGUUCUGACAUGGGCACAGCGAGUUAAAAUUGCUGUAGGGGCUGCAAAAGGGCUUGAGUACUUGCACGAGAAGGCUGAUCCCCACAUUAUCCACCGGGACAUCAAGUCAAGCAACGUGCUAAUCUUUGAUGAUGAUGUUGCUAAAAUUGCAGAUUUUGAUUUGUCAAAUCAGGCUCCUGACAUGGCAGCACGUCUUCAUUCCACCCGUGUCCUUGGAACCUUCGGUUAUCAUGCACCUGAAUAUGCAAUGACUGGGCAAUUGAAUGCUAAGAGUGACGUAUACAGCUUUGGUGUUGUCCUUCUGGAACUUUUGACUGGAAGGAAGCCUGUUGAUCAUACACUACCACGUGGGCAGCAGAGCCUGGUUACUUGGGCUACACCAAAACUAAGUGAGGAUAAAGUCAGACAGUGUGUAGAUGCAAGACUAGGAGGAGAAUACCCACCCAAAGCUGUUGCAAAGUUGGCUGCCGUUGCUGCACUGUGCGUGCAAUAUGAAGCUGAUUUCAGACCAAACAUGAGCAUUGUAGUCAAGGCUCUUCAGCCUUUGUUGAAUGCAAGGCAUGGACCUGCUGGUGACGCACCAAACUAAUCCCUACCUAUGUUUCUUUCUAUCUGUAUCUGUGAGGUCGUGAGGAUGUGCAUAAGUCUGCAAGCAAAAUAUAAGUGACUGCUUCAGAUGCUGAUGGUAAAUUGCUCGGACAUGGUUAUAUAUCUCAUUGUUUACACUGCAUUCAUUCUGUUCAUAAUCCAUGAGGUUCUUUGAGAUUUACUUGCUUAUUUUUUUAUUAUUAGUUCUUUGCUCUAUUUUCCUUUUCCCAAUGUGGGAUUGGGAUUAUUGCCAUCUUAAUUGAAACUUCUGGGAGAAACUGCAACAAACAGAAAAGAGAAUACUCACAGCAAAUAGCACGUCAUCAGGUUAUUUCUUCACUGGAAGCUAAGUUAGAAUGACCAAAGGCCUGUUCUUGAUGGCUCCUAAUUCUGUAAUUUGUUUAUGAAAACAUUUUGAUGUGAUUUUUUUCUUUACUAAGAUGAGUCUCUCAUUUUUCGUCAGUUCCAAUGUUUUGAAAAUGAAACAAAAAUUAUUGUUGCCACAUUCAAUGUUGAAGCUGUUGUUCCCA